AUCGUUCAAUCUACAAUGCGUCCCUUUUAUCGCUAAGUUGCACCAUCGAUCAUCGCCAUUACCAAAAUCUUCCUGAUACAACAUUUCAUGGGUUCUCAAUCACAUUGAAGCAAUUGGUAGUUGCUGUGUUUAUAAUCCAAGGGAGAUCAGUGCCUUUAGGUACGCCUAACUUCAGUAUGUCGGAGGAUGAGAUGCCAAAUGCAGAGUUGCCAGAUGAGGUCAUAAGGGACGUCCUUUCUCGACUCUCAGUCAAGUCCUUGUUGCAAUUCAGGUGUGUAUCAAAGCAUUGGAGGGAUUUAAUUGCAGAUACCCAUUUCGUUAAAUCACACCUGAAAAAUGUCCUAGCUUUAUCGAGCCACCAUCAAAUCCUUGUUCCAACUUCCCCUCUUCUGUCCUUGAGCUAUAACGCAUCACUAGACGACAUCAAUGCAUCAAUAGAGCUUGAUUGUCCAUUUCCGAAGCCAAGAACGUCGAUCAAGAUUUUGGGUUCUUGCAAUGGGUUGGUGUGUUUAAUUGAUGGCACAAGAGACAUGAUCAUCUACAACCCGUCAACCAGAAGACAUUUCAAGCCAUAUCAGUCACCUCAACAAGUUCUUCAUUGUUCAAAUCGGAUUGAGUUUGUGUAUGGAUUUGGUUGUGGCUCAAACCCCAAUGACAUGAGGGUGGUUAGAUUUCCCCGCUUUGCUCGUGACUCUGAAUACAUUAAAUUUAAGGUAUGUGGUGUAGGUUCUGGUUCUCGGGUGAGUGGAGUUGUGGCAUAUAACUAUGAUUUUAUAGAUACAGUAGGCACUUUUCUGAACGGAUCCCUUCACUGGUUAGCACAUCAUAGUAGCAAUGAUGAUGAAAACAGAGUUAUAGCUUCAUUCAACAUAAGCGAAGAGACAUUUAGAGACUUGUCUCUACCACCUCAAGAAGGGAGCCUUCCCUACUACAUUUCGGGUGUUUUAGGAGGAUGCCUUUCUGCACUCUGUGAUGAUAUGUAUUAUACAGAUGUUGAUGUAUGGUUGAUGAAGGAAUAUGGGGUGGUCAACUCUUGGACAAAAUUCAUCAAAAUUCCACUUAAUACAGGGAUUGAGAACAUUUCGUAUAUGAUGCCUUUGAGUUCUCUAAAUGACGAUGAAAUUCUUCUGGAGAUUGAUCUACAAUCGUUUGUCGUCUAUAAUGUCAAGAAGAAGACCUUUAGGCAUGUCACAGUGGCACAUGAUCUGAAAUGGUUUGGGGAUGCUGCAAUCUAUGUGGAGAGUCUGCUUUCACCUGAAGUCUUGUGUGUGUUGUACUAACCUCUACCAAGUUGUGAUCAAUAUUUGCACGGUGCAGGCGGAAUUGAUGUUUUGCAUCAUGACUUUCUACAAUUUAUCUGGCCUGUUUUAUGAGGUAAUCUCAAUUUCAUGAAGUAAAAAUUACAGAUUUUAAUGGGUAGUGAUGAUAUUUUAUUUCUCUCUCUCUUCCAUAAACUAGAAGCAUCAGUUAGCAAUCCUCGAGCACGAUAUACAAUUGUGCUAAUGAUGCAAGGCUAUUUGAUGUUACAUGAAGUAUUAGCUUCAAUGAAUUAUAUAAUUUAUUUUCGUCAAAUAACCUAGUAUUUUUAUUUCAUAUUGAUUGUCAUGAGUCUUAAUUGAGUCAAGUGUGGUGUGGGAGACGAGUCCUGUCCAACCUUGUUUAAGUUCCUUAGUGCCCUCAUUUUGUAUGUAUUGCAACUCUUAUGGGGAGUUAACUUGGUUAACAACUCCUAUUGACUCCUUAGUUCAAGUACUUGCAUAAGUUUUCAAAACCCUGAUGUUAUUCCUUUUGGUUAACAUUUUCAUUUUGAUGUCUUCUUGUGUUGGAAAGAGAAUUAAUGAAGAUAAAUUAGAUCCAUGCAUUGCCCCUUUAUGUAUGAUAACUUUCCGUCACUAGUCUUGGUUCUCAUUUCCUUUUCUCAUACUUCUGCACAAGGCGGGGGCCCUCAUGGGAGGGGUAAAGGACAGGUCUCUAUACAUCCAGACGGCCAGAUCCUCAGACUCUACUUUCUAGUGAGAUAUUGUAUGUUCGUUUGGUUUAACUUGUUCCCUCCUAUUAGGUUAGGAAUGCAAAAAGACGGACCGAAUCCUAGAGCCAAAAGUGUGAAAAGUAUUAUGAGACAAAAACAACCUGGACUUGUUAAAGACGAACAUGAUGAAAUGGGGUGUUCUAAGUCAUAAAAUAUGUCGACCUGAAGCUUGAAUUGGUAAUUAUUCGUUUUUGAUGGUUUGUAUCGGCUAAUUCAAACAUUUUGGGUAUUUAAAGUAAAACAAGACCGAUUAUUGUUACUGCUAUUGCUACGAUAAUGAUUUAGUGUCGUAUCUAUGACUUUAUAUCUAUUUUGAUUGCAGACAUGAACGAAAUGGAAGAUUUUUGUUUGUCACAAUUUAGGUUGUGUUACAUACUCUUUUAUUUGGGUUGACAGACAAU